UAGACGAAUCGAACGCUGAUGUGUUACAAGAAUUUUACCCGUCACAAUUUUGUCGGAUGCGGUAACGUAAACGUAGCGGAGGUGGGUUUGAAGACAAAGUGUUCAAAGGGACACAGUGAAAACGACCGGAAGUAUCUCUCUGACAGCUAAUGGCGCCUAAAGGCAAAGUUGGUACUAAGGGAAAGAAGCAGAUUCUCGAGGAGAAUGAGGCAACCCUCAAAUUCUAUACAAGAGUCAUCCUGGGAGCUAAUGCCAUAUAUGCUGCUGUAAAUCUUUUGAUCUUCUACAAUUCAUCUAGUUUUGGGACAUGGCUGUUAUUAGCGUUUGCGCUUGCUGUGUAUGUUGGGAGUUACCGCUCCAUGUCCACGAUGGCCAAACCAGUGUUCGCUGACGAUGGAAGUCUCCUUGACGGAGGAAUAGACUUAAACAUGGAGCAGGGAAUGGCAGAGAAGUGGAGCGGCUGGAGCUGAACACGUUCCAGACUGUCGAGAGGAUCGUGGACUUCAGGAGGCAUCCUUCGCCACAGCUCCCCCUCACGUUGUCCAGCUGCCUUGUGUCAACCGUCGAGACCUUCAAGUUGCUCGGAAU